AUGAACCUAAGCUUCUUCGACCAAUUCGCCAGCCCCUACUUCCUAGGAAUUCCGCUAAUCCUACUAUCAAUACUAUUCCCAGCCCUACUAUUCCCUACACCUAACAACCGAUGAAUUACCAACCGUCUCUCCACCAUCCAACUAUGAUCCCUCCACUCAAUCACAAAACAACUAAUAACUCCACUAAACAAAAAAGGCCACAAAUGAGCCCUAAUCCUAACAUCACUAACAACGCUACUACUCACAAUUAACCUGCUAGGUCUACUACCAUACACAUUUACCCCAACUACACAACUAUCAAUAAACAUAGCCCUAGCCUUCCCACUUUGAUUAGCUACCCUACUCACCGGCCUACGAAACCAACCUUCAAUCUCCCUAGGCCACCUCUUACCAGAAGGAACCCCCACCCCACUAAUCCCAGCUCUCAUUAUAAUCGAAACCACUAGCCUACUCAUCCGUCCCCUAGCUCUUGGGGUCCGCCUCACAGCAAACCUCACAGCAGGCCACCUACUCAUUCAACUAAUCUCCACAGCCACCACUGCACUGCUCCCAAUUAUACCAACCGUAUCCAUCCUAACCACAUCAAUCCUAUUCCUCCUAACCAUCCUAGAAGUAGCAGUAGCCAUAAUCCAAGCCUACGUCUUCGUCCUCCUACUAAGCCUCUACUUACAAGAAAAUAUCUAA